CGGAAGUGUGCGUAUGCACGUCGGCGUUAGCGUCACGUCACAUCCGUGUCGACCACGUCCAGCGGAGACGGGAACAAGAUGGCGAUCCCGGGCAGGCAGUAUGGGCUUAUUUUGCCAAAGAAAACACAGCCGUUGCACCGAGUUUUACAAAAACCAUCAGUGUUUGGGAAUGAUUCUGAUGAUGAUGAGACUUCUGUGAGUGAGAGCCUUCAGAGGGAAGCUGCUAAGAAGCAGGCCAUGAAACAGACCAAGCUGGAGAUUCAAAAAGCUCUUGCAGAAGACUCCACUGUGUAUGAGUAUGACAGCAUUUAUGAUGAAAUGCAGAGGAAAAAGGAAGAAAGUAACCCCAAACUGCUUUUGGGCAAAGAUCAAAAGCCCAAAUAUAUUCACAACUUACUAAAAGCAGUCGAGAUCAGGAAAAAGGAACAGGAAAAGAGAAUGGAAAAGAAAAUACAGAGAGAACGAGAGAUGGAAAAGGGAGAAUUUGAUGAUAAAGAGGCAUUUGUGACAUCUGCUUAUAAAAAAAAACUUGAAGAGAGAGCUGAAGAGGAGGAAAGAGAAAAGAGGGCAGCUGCCCUGGAAGCUCGUUUGGAUGUGACCAAGCAGAAAGAUCUCAGUGGAUUUUAUCGGCAUCUAUUAAAUCAAACAGUUGGUGAGGAGGCAGUUCCUAAAUCCAGCUUUAGUGAAGCCAGAACUGUAAUAAAGGAAGAGAAGCUCAGAGGUUACCCUGAUGAAACAAAUUCAGAGAACAGACCACCA